AUGGCAAAGCGUCUUACGAGAAAGCCCACCACCCAAUUACCACCUUCUACCAAGGACAGAUACUCCAGCAAGGAAAUCUUGUCUGAUACCAUCGACCAUAACAUCAAGCUGAGUUUCAACAAUACGGCCAAUAACAACCAUCUCAGUGCAACCCCAAACCCCAGUAUAAACAACAACAUCAGCUUUGCUCGGUUCAAGAUCCUGAGGUUGAAGUCUGAGCUGACUGAUCUGCUAUCCAAUAACGCCAAUCUUAACGAUAAGACUAAUGAUUAUCUUCAUGAAACUGUUCACACAGAAAACGGCCUCGAUAAGACUGAUGAGGCCUUAAAGACCUUUACUUUAUUACAGCAGUGCACUUAUAAAAACACUUCGUUGGGGCUCAGUGGGCAGGAUGAUAUGUCCUGUGAUUGUGAUGCCCACGACACUGCUGACAACGUCCUACCCUGUGGUGAAGAUAGUGAUUGUAUCAACAGAUUAACCUCUAUUGAAUGUUCAUCUAAUUGUUUACGUUGUGGUCCUCAAUGUGCAAACCAAAGAUUCCAAAGGAAACAAUACUCUGAUAUCUCCAUUUUCCAAACAGAAAAAAAGGGCUUUGGUGUUAGAGCAAAUGGCAAUAUUAAUCCAAAUACUUUUAUUUAUGAAUAUAUUGGUGAAGUGAUUGAUUUAAACACUUUUAAAAAAAAAAUGCUAGAUUAUGACCGAAGAAAUUUCAGACAUUUUUAUUUCAUGAUGUUACAAAAAAAUCAGUUUAUUGAUGCAACCAUAAAAGGUGGUCUUGGGAGAUUUGUUAACCAUUCUUGCAAUCCCAAUGCUUACGUUGACAAAUGGGUUGUUGGGUCAAAAUUAAGAAUGGGGAUUUUCUCAAAAAGAAAAAUUUACAAAGGUGAGGAAAUCACUUUUGAUUAUAAUGUAGAUAGAUAUGGUGCAAAUCCUCAACCUUGUUAUUGCAAUGAACCAAACUGCUCAGGUUUUAUUGGCGGUAAAACUCAAACUGAUGCAAUGUCCUUAUUGCCUCAAAAUAUCGUUGAAGCCUUAAAUAUUUCAAAUGAUGACCAGAGAGAAUGGUACAAGGAUAACAAACAUCUCAUCAAAGAAGGUGAAAAUAUUUACAACAAUUUCCUAAAUUCAAUUGAAAUUAAACCUCUAAAUAACAAAGAAUCUGUUCCUAAAAUUAUAUCAGGUUUAAUUCAGUCACAAAAUGAGAUUAUUACACUUAAACUAUUAGAAAGAUUAUAUAAUACUGAAAAACAGGAAAUUGAUUAUACAAUCAUUAGACUACAUGGUUAUAAAACAUUAGGCUCAAUUUUGAAAAAGGAAUCAGACACAAUAUCAGAAUUAAUCUUGAAAAUCUUUUUAAAAUGGCCAAGAAUAACUAAAAAUAAAAUUGUAAGCUCAAAUGUAGAAGAAAUUGUUAAAUCGGUCAUUGAACAUACCAAGGAUAAAAAUAUCAAAGAAUUGGGCUCUAAAUUAUUAAAAGAUUGGGAUAAUUUAGAAAUUGCUUUUAGAAUUCAAAAAAAAGAAAAUGAUAGUAAUUACAAUGAUACUAUCAAAAAUUAUCGGCAGAAGUUUAAAGAUGAUUAUACUAUGCAUGAUGGAUUAAGAUUACCGGAAAAUUGGGAAUGGGGAAUUAAAAAAGAAAACGGCUCCAUAUAUUUUAAAAAUUCAAUUACUGGAGAAGAGAGCACCACAAGACCAGAUAUAAAUAAAUAUAAUGAAUUUGUUGCAACAAGAAGGAAAGAAGAGGAACUUAAAAAAAGAGGGGUGUCCGAUUUGAAAUUGAAAACUAUUCAAAAGGAGAAAAGAUUUAAAAAAUCUGAAUUUGAAAAACAAAAGUUUUUUGAAAAACAAGUUAGGCUAUUUCAAUUAGAACAAUACCAAAAGGACUUGAAAUUAAAAGCUAAAGAGAAAGAAGAAAAAGAAAAAAUUGAAAAGGUAUUUCAAGAGGCAAAAGAGAAUGAGUUGUUAAGAAUAAAACAGCAAAAGGAAGAACAGGAUCAAAAAGAAAGAGAAUUAAAAGAGAUUGAACGUCAAAGAUCUAAGCUUCGAGCAUUACAGGCGAGAACUAAAUCAAGCCUGAAUUCUGAAAAUCAAAAUGGAAACCACAAGGGUCAUAGGAGUCAUAACAGUAAAAGACACAUUAGUAAAACUAAUGGAUACGAACAGAGAUCAGGAUCAAAUAGUCGAAGAAAUACUCCAAAUCAAGAGAAUCUCAGCGGCGGAGGAACUUCAUCGUUAUUGUCUUCACUCAAUAACAAUAACAGCAGUAGAAAAAAAAAUCCAUUGGAAUAUAAAUGGAAAUCACUUUUUGCAAAAUAUGUGCCAAAUAUGAUUAAAAAACAUGAAAAAGUGAUUGGACAUGCAAACUUAAAGAAUUGUGCAAAAGAUAUUGUCGAAAUAUUGGUAGAUAAAGAAUUAAAGAGACACUCUGAUGAUGAUGUUGUCCAUGAGUUAAGCAGUGGAAAGAGGGAGAAAGUCAAGGUGUUUGUGGAGGGGUACAUGAACAAAUUUUUGAAAAAAUAUGAUGAGAAACACUCUGCUAAAAGUCAUCAGAAAACAAAUGGGGCAAAUAAAAUUAAUGGUAAUAAAACCUAUAACAUUCGCCAAACUGCUCUAAUGGAAUCUAUUACAGCAGAUAAUACUCCCCACAACGGGCAUGGAAUAUUAACAGAUCCUGGGCAGAAUGGAAGUCACAAAAGAAAAAGAUCUGAAAUUGGUGAAGGAUCUGUCAAAAGAUUUUCCAGCUAA